CGACGCCGCUUUAAAAACUUCAAAGUGAACGUUUCCGGCGCUCGCGCGUCAGGCGUGAAUAUUAUUAAACAUAUUUAAAUGUGUUUAGCAAACGCAGUAAUAAUAGCCGUCCGUGUCCCACAUUAGAUAGAGCGUCUCAGCUUGCCAAAGCGUCUCGCGCAGAUAUAAACAUUCAUCACCUGCAUGAUGUUAUGUGGCAAUUUAGCGCGUGCGUCACGUCACCAGAAGUAAACCUUUAAUGAUCGGCUGCUGCAGGAGGAAAAACUCCCUCUCUGUAACCAACUCCAGCCCGGGUCCCUUCUCCUCCAUGAUCCUCUUAAACAGAGCCCAGCAGGGGAAGCCAUGCUUUCCUUUCAUUCCCUCUCCAUGAUCUGCUGCAGGACAGGUUAAUAGUGGCAACGCAUGCGUGCGCAAAGAAAACAUGGAACAGAGGAAAACUGACAUGCUGCGCUGAAUGAGGAAGAGGAGCUCUAUGGGGCUUGACUUAAAUAAAUAAAUAAAAAAAGACCCUUUUUCCUCUGUGGUGGUUUUAAUUUCAGUCAGAACCUGUUUGCUUUCUGCUGUAGAAGCAGCAGCGCUGUGGAUUCCCUGUUUAUCGGAUUUCUCUUCCUCAGAGCUGGAAAUCACAAUGCGCAAAACCUGACGGGAUUAAACAUAUCUGCCAAAAACUGUCAGUUUCAAGAACCUGAAGAUCUGAUUUCUCUCUUUUUUUAUUUGCCUCCCUACAACCUGAGGUAAACUUUUCCUCUCCCCGGCUCUCCCCCCUGUUCCCUUCCACUCUCUGGGUGACAUCUCAGCGGGAUUCCUAUGAAGCCAAGCCUCGGGUGACUGGACUGUGCGUGGAUUUUCAUCUGCUCCCAGAAGGACAUCAUGUGGACUCCCACGGAGGACGAGAAAAUCGGCGUGGUCAUCUGCAACUUCCGAGGCUCAGUGACUCAAGGUUUGGCUGUGGAGGUGGGAGAGACAGUGCAGAUCUUGGAAAAAUGUGAAGGAUGGUACAGAGGAUUCUCAACAAGGAAGCCGAAUGUCAAGGGAGUCUUUCCUGCCAGCUACAUUCACUUGAAGAAAGCAAUCGUUACCAACAGAGGGCCUCAUGAGUCUGUGGUGCCUCUGGAAGACCCAAUUGUAACAGAGGUGACAUCAACUCUUCAGGAAUGGGCUUUACUAUGGAAGCAGCUCUAUGUGAAACACAAGGUGGAUCUGUUCUACAAGGUCCGCCACGUGAUGAUGGAGCUGAUCGACCUGAGGAGGCAGCUGCUGUCCGGUCACCUCACACAGGACCAGAGCAGAGACGUCAAGAGACACAUCACCGUCAGACUCGACUGGGGCAACGAACACCUGGGUCUAGACUUGGUGCCAAGGAAGGAGUUUGAGAUGGUUGAUGAAGACCAGAUAAGUGUGUCAGACUUGUAUAAAAUGCAUCUGUCCAGCAGACACAGCGUCCAGCAGAGCUCCACUCAGGGUGAGAAUAGUCGACAGAGACAUGGAGAACCCAGCAGGGUUCCUGUUCCUCACCACCUAUUGGUCAACCUGAAGAGCUUCACCUACAACAGCAUAGGGGAAGACACAGAUAUAUUUUUUUCUCUAUACGACCUGAGGGAGGGAAAGACCAUCAGUGAGAAGUUCCUGGUGAGACUAAAUAAGAAUGGAGGACCAAAGAAUCCGGAGAAGGUGGACCGGCUGUGUGCACUGUUCACGGAUCUGAGCAACAAGGACAUGAAGAGAGAUCUCUACAUCGUGUCACAAGUUAUUCGAACAGGUCGCAUGCUGCUGAAUGACAGUAAGAAAGGCCCGCCACACGUCCAGUACCGCAGACCGUACGGCUGCGCUGUUCUGGCCAUGAGCGACGUGCUGCAGAUCAUCUCAGAGCUCAAAGAGGAAAAAGACUUUGUUCUCAAAGUUUACACGUGUAACAAUGAGAAUGAAUGGUACCAGAUCCAUGAAAACAUCAUCCGCAAGUCGAGCACCAAAUACACCGCACCCAGCACCAACUACGGACUGAUCAUCUCCCUGCAGCUGCUAAGAGGUGACAUGGAGCAGGUCCGCAGAGAAAACCCUCUUAUUUUCAGCAGAGGUGUAGCCAUCACUCGGAAACUGGGAUUCCCAGAUGUCAUAAUGCCAGGCGACAUCCGUAAUGACCUGUACCUUAAUCUGGAGCGAGGCGACUUUGAGAGAGGAGGAAAGAGUGUUCAGAAAAACGUUGAAGUGACGAUGUAUGUCAUCUACGCAGAUGGAGAAAUACUGAAGGACUGCAUCAGUUUGGGUUCAGGUGAGCCCAACAUCCCUGAGUAUCGCUCCUUCGUCCUUUACCAUAACAACAGCCCUCGAUGGAAUGAAGUGAUCAAGCUGCCGAUUCCCAUCGAUCGUUUCAGAGGAUCCCACCUCCGCUUUGAGUUCAGACAUUGCUCAACAAAGGAUAAAGGAGAAAAGAAGCUGUAUGGCUUUGCCUUCACUCCACUGAUGAGGGAGGAUGGAACCACUUUAUCUGACGAGAGUCAUGAGCUCUAUGUCUACAAGUGUGAUGAGAAUACAACCUUCAGUAACCAUGCCCUCUACCUGGGUCUCCCCUGCUGUAAGGACGACUUCAACAGCUGUCCCAACAUCCCCUCCAGCCUCAUCUUCCAGCGCAGCACCAAGGAGACCUUCUGGAUCUCCACGCAGCUCUCCUCCACCAAACUCACUCAGAACGUGGACCUCUUGGCCCUGCUUAAGUGGAAGGCCCAUCCUGACCGGGUCAUGGACAUCCUUGGGCGUCUUCGACACGUCAGUGGAGAAGAAAUCGUCAAGUUUCUCCAAGAUAUUCUGGACACAUUAUUCUCCAUCUUGGAUGACAACACAGACAAAUAUGGACCUCUUGUGUUCCAGUCACUGGUUUUUAUCAUAAACUUGCUGAGGGACAGUAAAUAUUACCACUUCAGGCCGGUGAUGGACACAUACAUCCAGAAACAUUUUGCUGGGGCUCUGGCCUACAAAGAGCUGAUUCGCUGUCUGAAGUGGUACAUGGAUCGUUCUGCUGAGGUGGUCCGACAGGACCACAUUCAGGAAGCUAUGAGGGCUCUGGAGUAUCUGUUCAAGUUUAUCAUCCAGUCUCGCAUCCUUUACUCCCGGGCCACCUGCGGCAUGGAGGAGGAGCAGUUUCGAACCAGCAUCCAGGAACUUUUCCAGUCCAUCCGAUUCGUCCUCAGCCUGGACAGCCGCAACUCAGAGACUCUCAUCUUCACUCAGGGCUCCCAGCCUUGCCCCGGCAGUCAGGCUCCAGGCCCCUGCUCAGGGCCUGCUGGCCCAUUAGCAGUAGUCUCUGCCCUGAGCCAAAUCCAGACUCCUGUCCCAGGACAGGUACCUGGGAGCAUCCCACCAAGCUGCUCUCAGGCCUGGAGCUCCAACGCUCUACGGCCGCCAUCGCUGUCAGCGGCACUGUUAAACUCAUUCCCUGCCAUCUUUGAUGAACUGCUGCAGAUGUUCACGGUGCAGGAGGUGGCAGAGUUUGUGCGUGGCACUUUGGGCAGCAUGCCGUCCACGGUGCACAUUGGACAAUCAAUGGAUGUGGUGAAGCUGCAGUCGAUCGCUCGAACUGUGGACAGCAGGCUCUUCUCUUUCCCUGAGUCUCGUAGGAUUCUGCUUCCAGUGGUCCUUCAUCACAUCCAUCUUCAUCUGAGGCAACAGAAAGAACUGCUCAUCUGUUCAGGGAUACUCAGCUCCAUUUUCUCCAUCAUCAAGAGCAGCUCCCUGGACACGUCGGUGCAGGAAGAGGUGGAGAUGAUGGUGGAAUCUCUGCUGGACGUCCUCCUGCAGACACUUCUGGCCAUCAUGAGCAAGAGCCAAUCGCAGGAGGCGGUAAGAGGUCAACGCUGUCCGCAGUGCACCGCGGAGAUCACUGGGGAGUACGUUUCCUGCCUCCUUUCCCUUCUCCGCCAGAUGACCGACAUCCACUUUCAACGCUUGAUGGAAAAUUUUCAAAGCAAGGAUGAGCUCAAGGAGUUCUUGUUGAAGAUUUUGUGUGUCUUCAGAAACCUGAUGAAGCUCAGUAUUUUUCCUCGUGACUGGAACAUCAUGAGGCUGCUGACCAGCAACAUCAUCCUGACCACAGCUCAGCAGCUCGCUCCAGCUUUGCACAAGAACUUUGCUGAAACAGACUUUGACUUCAAGGUGUGGAACUCCUACUUCAGUCUGGCCGUUCUCUACAUCAAUCAGCCGAGUUUACAGCUGGAAAACCUGAGUCCUGCUAAGAGGAAGAAGAUCUUAGACAAAUAUGGUGACAUGAGGGUAAUGAUGACUUAUGAACUUUUCAACAUGUGGCAGAAUUUGGGAGAGAAUAAGAUCCACUUCAUUCCCGGUAUGAUCGGACCGUUCCUCGGAGUGACGCUGGUCCCUCAGGUGGAGGUGAGAAACAUCAUGAUUCCGAUCUUCCACGACAUGAUGGAUUGGGAGCAGCGUAAAAAUGGAAACUUCAAACAGGUGGAGGCUGAACUGAUCGACAAGUUGGACAGUUUGGUGUCAGAGGGAAAGGGUGAUGAGAACUACAGAGAGCUGUUUGGGUUGCUAACCCAGCUGUUUGGGCCUUAUCCCAGUUUGUUGGAGAAGAUUGAGCAGGAGACGUGGAAAGAAACAGGAAUCUCAUUUGUUACGUCGGUCACACGGUUGAUGGAGCGGCUGCUGGACUACAGGGACUGUAUGAAGGGAGAUGAGACAGAAAACAAGAAGAUUGGCUGCACAGUGAAUCUUCUUAAUUUCUACAAGUCAGAAAUCAACAAAGAGGAGAUGUACAUCCGUUAUAUCCACAAACUGUGUGACAUGCAUCUGCAGGCUGAGAACUACACUGAGGCUGCAUUCACCCUGCUGUUGUACUGGGAGCUGCUGCACUGGGACGAGCGACCAGUUAAAGAGUUCCUGCAUUAUCCUGCUCAGACUGAGUGGCACCGGAAGGAGGGUCUCUGCCGCAAAGUCAUCCACUAUUUCAACAAGGGAAAGUGUUGGGAAUAUGGGAUUCCUCUCUGUAGAGAACUGGCUUUCCAGUAUGAAUCUCUCUAUGACUACCAGAGUCUCAGCUGGAUACGGAAAAUGGAAGCAGCUUAUUAUGACAAUAUUAUGGAGCAGCAGCGUCUGGAGCCGGAGUUCUUCAGGGUGGGAUUCUAUGGCAGAAAGUUUCCUUUCUUCCUCAGAAACAAAGAGUUUGUCUGUCGUGGCCAUGACUAUGAGAGGCUAGAAGCCUUCCAGCAAAGGAUGCUGGGAGAAUUCCCACAAGCCAUUGCAAUGCAACACCCGAAUCAGCCUGAUGAGGCCAUUCUGCAGUGUGAUGCACAGUACCUCCAGAUUUACGCUGUAACACCAUUUCCAGAAAGCGUCACUGUCCUUCAGAUGGACAGAGUUCCAGACCGUAUCAAGAGCUUUUAUCGAGUGAACAACGUUCGACGAUUUCGUUAUGACCGUCCGUUCCACAAAGGACCCAAAGACAGAGAAAACGAGUUUAAGAGUCUUUGGAUAGAAAGAACUACUCUGAUCCUCACACACCCUCUGCCAGGAAUUUCCCGCUGGUUUGAGGUAGAAAAGAGAGAAUUGGUGGAGGUGAGUCCGUUGGAAAACGCCAUCUCUGUGGUGGAAAACAAGAACCAAGAGCUGCGGACUCUGAUCAGUCAGUACCAGCACAAGCAGCUGCACGGGAACAUCAACCUGCUCAGCAUGACGCUGAAUGGAGUCAUCGACGCUGCUGUGAACGGAGGCAUCGCUAGAUACCAGGAGGCUUUCUUUGAUAAGGAUUACAUCACCAGCCACCCGGAAGACACAGAGAAGAUCACGCAGCUCAAAGACCUCAUGCAAGAGCAGGUCCACAUCUUAGGCGUCGGCUUGGCUGUGCAUGAGAAGCUGGUGCACCCAGAAAUGCGUCCGCUGCACAAGAAGCUGAUUGAUCAGUUCCAGAUGAUGAGGAGUAGCCUCUUCCAUGGCUUCUAUGUUACCUUUCAGGGUCCACCUGGUUUUGAUAAGUCAGGUUCAGGCGUCAACAGAGGAAUCCUGACCUCUCACAACCCAAUGAGCCCAGAGAGCUUCAAACUCAUGCACCGACACAGUCCCAUUGCUGUUUUGACUCCAGUGCGCAUUUCCUCCCCUUCUCUUUCCUCUAACUCUAGUGAGGCAGGAAAUCUGCUGAUUCUGGCUGAUGGCAUGGUGGUGGAGAACCCUGAGGACUUCUAUCGCAUGCAGGCGAGUCCCUCCUCCUCUAGUCUUAGCUCCACCCACUCUGCGCCUCCUCAGAUGAUAAACUCCGUCUCUUCCACAAUGAGAGUGGGCUCUCCUUCUCUGCCAGACAAGUACAGGCACAACAGAGAAAUGUUGAUGCUGCUUCCACCGCACAGAGAGAGGCCGAGCAGCGCUAUGUACUCCAACAUUACAGAGAACGGACAGCCACCAAACUUUCAGAGAGCUUUGUUUCAUCAAGUAAUCGGUCCCUGUAAGCCCUGCAGUGACCCCAACCUCUCAGUGGCUGAGAAAGUCCUCACCACUCCUAGCAGUUGGAGUUUGGACAGUGGCACCAGGGAGGCCCUGCCUUUUCUCUCCUCCCAUGUUGGCAGCGUGAUGGCUCCACCAGUUCCACCUCGGAACGUUCUUCAUGGGCAACACCUGUCGAUGCACUUUGACGCUUUCCACCACCAGGUCAGCGACCUCCCUCCAGCUCUCCCUGCGCGCUCCUUAAGAAAGUCUCCCCUGCACCCUAUACCUGCCUCGCCCACCAGUCCACAGUCCGUCCUGGAUGGCAGUAACUCCACACUCUCAGGCAGCGCCAGCUCUGGAGUCUCCUCCCUCAGUGAGAGCAACUUUGGUGGCGCCACCUCCUCCUCAGAACCCCCAGCCAGCCGCACAGACACCCUGGAGUCCGCCCCGAGCAGUCAGGCCUGGACCACCGACCAGGAAGACUUGGACUCUCCUUAUCAGCCCGUCAGGUACAGCAUGUCUGAGCCAGACGUCCUGGAGGGAGUUAAAUCUCCUCCCUGCCGCAGCAACUCUGCCCCAGGAGGAGUCAACCCGGCCCAGGUGGCCUAUCAGAUCCAGUCUCAGGCUCCAGGUUUGAGCUGCUCUGGUGCUCCACAGCCCCAACAGCAGGAUGGGCUGCAGCAGCAGCAGCACCUGUUUUACCACCACCACUUCCAUCCACACUACAUCCCCCACAAUCCUCCGCUUUAUCAUCUCCAUGAGCCCCCUCCUGCUGUGCCUCCUAAACCCUACCUCAGAGAGGGCUGCAUUCCUGAGGAGGACCCACUGAUCACGCAGUCCGGACCACAGCGCCCUCCUGUACCUCGACCAAUGCCACGCAAGAUCUCCCAGCCCAUAAUCGCAGCAACCAAGGAGGAACAAGCUAAAGUGGCGUGGGAGCACGGCAUCAGUGAGGAGUGAGGUCUGGAAAUGGCUCAGAGAAACAUAACAGGAACUGCUUGUUGAUCAGAAACAUGAGAGGGAACCAAACUGGAUCAGAAACAAUCUGAUUCUCCUCUGAGGUCCUGAAGGAACCACUGAUUGUUCAGCUGAUCUGUUUUCUCUCAGACUGUCCUGUACAGGCAGCUGACAUGUUUUAAUAUCUGAACAUUUUCCUUUCAUCUCUGCAUAAACUGAUGCAGCCUCAUUCAGCGUCCAUCAGGAUACAGAGACAUUUCCAAAUGCUGCCACUUCCCCAAAACUGCACAGAUGUUACUGAUUCGAAUUUGAUUUGCAAAAAUAAUCAAACUUCAUCCUACUGAUAGGAAUUUAAAAAACUAAAACUUGCACAGGAUUUUCUUUCCGUUAUACCUCACUCUGAUAAUAGCAGGUAAAUGGCACUUUAAGAAAGGAACAGAGAACCAUAAGAUGUUUCUUUCUAUUAAUAUAUAGAAGUUUUACUUUCCAUAUAUUGACAGGAAAAAACUGAUGAAGCAAAAGUUUUUUUUAAGAAAAUCAGAUGAAAAAUCUAAAUUAUUAUAAUGUAAUGAUUGCUUUUUUGGAAGCCUAGAACAACCAACCCAAAAAUAAACUGAAUCACUGAUUAAUCUGCUAAAUUUAAAGACAAAUUUCAACCUGGAUGGAACUUGUCCAGUGGUAUUUUUGUAAAAAAUAAGUAGUAUAUAAAGUUAAAUGAUAUAUAAUUUAUAUUUAAAGUUUAUACUUAAGGUUGGAGGUGAAGUUGGUGUAGAAUUAUGCAAAAUGUUGACUUUCUCAGUCUGAAUUAGCAGCUUGAUAAUCAGGAACUUAUUGGAAAGGUGGAGAAAAGCCUCAUAAACAAUACAAGAAAUUCAGAGUUUUGAAUCCCAUUUUACUGAAAGCUGUGCAGAGGUACUGGAUUAGUUUUGUUUUUGAUGAUGAAGGUUCUGCUGUUGAACCUGUAAAUACAUGUAUAGUUUACUGAGCAGGGGCAUUUACAGAGAAUAUUAGCUACAAUAAAUAUACACUUUGUCAUUUUUAUGAAAGUAACAACAGAUUCUUUCUUAAAUCAGGGUGAUGUUUGUAUGCAUGUUUGCUUUCUGAAGUCUGACACUAGAGCAGAGAUGGAGAGCGGUCCACAGAGGUGAAUACCUGAAAACAACCACAGACCAACUGUCACUGAAGCUCUUGUAGUUUAGGAGAAGCAGCUCAGGAAAUCAAGGUUUCUACUCAUAAAUGAACAUGUUUGUUUAUAUUUUGUUUGCUGUAU